AUGGACUCGACAAAUAAACCUUACACUGAAAAUCCGCGUAUAGUUCCUCGGGAAUCUUGCUAUGGCAAUGAAAUGCAAAAGAAAGCAUCUUUUGAGAAUAACUAUCUGGAUCAUUUGAACAAUUUAAAAAUUGAAUCAAAUCCAUCACAAAAUACAUUAACCACUAUUGCUUGUGGCGUCCUACCUAACGUGACUAAAAGUCUAAUUGAAGAAUAUUGUGAAAAUGGUGUAUCCAUGGUAAUAUUUGAUUUUAACGGUUUAUCAUUUGAACAGAGUCGAAAAAUGGUCUUAGAAAUUCGCCAAGGGGUUUUUAAUUACAGUCAUAAAAAGAACAACCAAGUACCGUAUUCAAUGACUUUAGUACUCGAUCUUGGUGGAUCUUGCAUUACGACUGGAAGAAUAUUCCAUACAACACCCACACAACAUUUAAUAGAAUUAUCGACGAACGCUCAUGUGUACGUCACCAAUAACGUUGAAUACAAAUUUAAAUGUACGAAGGACCGUAUUUAUGUAAACAGUGAUUUGAUUCUUCGGCUCAAAACUAACGAUCGAAUCUACUUGGACUACGGGAAAAUCGAACUUGCCGUGAUUAGAGUCGAAAAUAAUGAAACGUAUUGUGUUAUAAAGCGGGGAGAAUUGUUGGGUUCUGAGAAAAAAGUGCAUAUGCAGGGAAUUCCGAUUGGCUUAACAGCACUUUCAAAACUAGACGAGGAAAAAAUCCGUACAGGGAUCGUGCUUAAAGUGGACGUAAUUCUAGUGCCUGGUGUCAGGAAUUCUUUGUUUUUCGAUCACGUUCGCAAGUUUGUUGGCACAGAGCGAGGUGGAGAUAUCAGCCUAUACGCGAAAAUCGAUAACUCUGUUGGACUGGAAAACAUCGAUGAUAUCUUACCAGGUGUGGAUGGCGUAUUCCUGAACCGACCGAACUUGUCCAUGGAAGUCGGCCACGACAAAAUAUUUUUAGCCCAAAAGAUCAUAUUGUCCAAAUGCAAUAUAGUUGGGAAACCGACAAUCACGUAUGGGGAAUAUCUUAAUUCCAUGGAAAUAGGGACAAUACCUUCGAGCGCUGAAGUUAAUGACCUCAUAAAUACCGUAAUGGAUGGGACCGAUUGCAUUUAUCUGGACGUAACGAUGCGAAGUGCUAACAAAUUACAUUGUAUUCAGUAUGCGUCUUCGUUGUGCAGGCAGGGUGAAGCCACUAUAUGGGAAAAUCAGUUAUUUAACGAACUCAACAAAAAGUCCAAACCAAAAAUCGAUCCAGCCCAUGCGGUUAGCAUCGGUUGCGUAGAGGUAUCGUUCAAAUGUAAUGCAGCUGCGAUUAUCGUGAUUACCACGUCUGGGCUUUCAGCCGGUGUUGUCGCAAGGUACCGCCCCAAAUGUCCGGUGUUGGCGAUUGUCAGGCACGGGAAAUCUGCGAGAAAAUUAUCAGUAUGGCGAAAUGUUAUAGCGUUGCAGUACAUUGAUCCAAUAGAAAAAAGUUGGUUUAAAGAAAUCGAAAACCGUACAAGAUUCGCAAUGGAUUUUGGAAAGAGAAAUAGUAUAUUACAUCAUGGAGAUUUGGUUUUGCACAUGAGUUGCUCUAAACAAAAAGCGGGAUUUUCUAACACCAUGAAACUGUUUUACGUCAGUGCUGCUGAUCUCAACGCAUAA